GGGCUCUCCAGGCGUCUGGGCUGCGCCUCCGAGCGACUGGGUGGCCGCUCUAGCAGGCGCCAGGCACCGGGUCGCCGCUGCACAGCCCCCUGCAUAAUGCCAGGCCUGAGCUCCAGCAGAGUGUGGUCACGCGUGACAGUCCCUCACUUACUGGGGCCCUGGGAGCAUUUUUCGCCCCCCCCACGGUGCUCUAAUAGACACAACACGGGGGGCGGGGUGCGACUCCAGGCUGAGCCCCAGAAUCUGGGGAGCCAGCUGCAGACCCUUUCUCCACGGCCCCUGGCCCCAGGUCUCCAAAGGGUCUCCUCAAUCCCUGCUGCCCACCGUGGGCGGUCCUGAUGCUCCACUCUGUCCCAGAACUUGGGCACUUCGUGUUUCCUCUACACACUUUGUUGUAUUUUCAGGCCUUCUCUGUCUUCCUGCUGUGUCCCUGGAGCUCAGAACAGUGUCUAGUACAUACUUGGCAGGCUCUCUAAAUUUUGGUGAGGUGUUGAAGAAAGGAGUUUGACUUGUUGGAGGAAAGGAAGGGCAGGAAGGCUGGGACAGAGGAGUGAAGAGGUUGGAAAGGGGCUGACUACAUGGGACUUGGCAGGCCAGAGGCCCCUAACUGCUAGUGGUGGAACUGUACCUUGUCACCAGGAACCCCAUGCAGCCAGAACCCAGGCCUAGCGGGGCUCCCCGCAGCAGCCAGUUCCUGCCUCUAGGGUCAAAGUGCCCCGAGGGGUCAGGGGACGCGGUGAUGUACGCAUCCACAGAGUGCAAGGCCGAGGUGAUGCCCUCCCUGGACGGCAACCGCACCUUCAGCUACACGCUAGAGGACCACACCAAGCAGGCUUUUGGCAUCAUGAACGAGCUUCGGUUGAGCCAGCAGCUCUGUGACGUGACGCUGCAGGUCAAAUACGAGGACACCCCAGCUGCCCAGUUCAUGGCUCACAAGGUGGUGCUGGCCUCCUCCAGCCCGGUCUUUAAGGCCAUGUUCACCAAUGGGCUUCGGGAGCAGGGCAUGGAGGUGGUGUCCAUUGAAGGCAUCCACCCUAAGGUCAUGGAGCGACUCAUUGAGUUUGCCUACACGGCCUCCAUCUCCGUGGGCGAGAAGUGCGUGCUGCAUGUGAUGAACGGGGCGGUCAUGUAUCAGUUUGACAGCGUGGUGCGAGCCUGCAGCGACUUCCUCGUGCAGCAGCUGGACCCCAGCAACGCCAUUGGCAUCGCCAAUUUCGCUGAGCAGAUUGGCUGCACUGAACUUCACCAGCGUGCCCGGGAGUAUAUCUACAUGCACUUCGGGGAGUGCAGGAAGUCUUCAAGGGAAGGUUGCUCAGCCUGGAGGGCUUCCCAGAGCGCAGCCUCUCACCUGCGCUCCCUGCAGGUGGCCAAGCAGGAGGAGUUCUUCAACCUAUCACAUUGCCAGCUGGCCACGCUCAUCAGCCGCGAUGAUCUGAAUGUGCGCUGCGAGUCGGAGGUGUUCCACGCGUGCAUCAACUGGGUCAAGUACGACUGCUCUCAGCGGCGCUUCUACGUGCAGGCACUGCUGCGGGCCGUGCGCUGCCACGCGCUCACGCCACACUUCCUGCAGACGCAGCUGCAGAAGUGCGAGAUCCUGCAGGCUGACUCGCGCUGCAAGGACUACCUGGUGCAGAUCUUCCAGGAGCUCACACUACACAAGCCCACGCAAUCCGUGCCCUGCCGCGCGCCCAAGGUGGGCCGCCUCAUUUACACAGCGGGCGGCUACUUCCGACAGUCGCUCAGCUACCUGGAGGCCUACAACCCAAGCGACAGCUCCUGGCUUCGCCUGGCCGAUCUGCAGGUGCCACGCAGCGGGCUGGCUGGCUGCGUGGUGGGCGGGCUGCUCUAUGCUGUGGGCGGCCGCAACAACUCACCCGAUGGCAACACCGACUCCAGCGCCCUGGACUGCUACAACCCCAUGACCAACCAGUGGUCGCCCUGUGCCUCUAUGAGCGUGCCACGCAACCGGAUCGGGGUGGGGGUCAUAGACGGCCACAUCUACGCAGUCGGGGGGUCCCACGGCUGCAUCCACCACAGCAGCGUGGAGAGAUAUGAGCCAGAUCGGGAUGAGUGGCACUUAGUGGCACCAAUGUUGACACGGAGGAUAGGCGUGGGAGUGGCCGUGCUCAACCGCCUGCUGUAUGCAGUGGGGGGCUUUGACGGGACCAACCGGCUCAACUCAGCAGAGUGCUACUAUCCCGAGAGGAAUGAGUGGCGGAUGAUCACACCAAUGAAUACCAUCCGAAGUGGGGCAGGGGUCUGUGUGCUACACAACUGCAUCUAUGCGGCGGGGGGCUACGACGGGCAGGACCAGCUGAACAGCGUGGAGCGCUACAACGUGGAGACAGAGACCUGGACUUUUGUAGCCCCCAUGAAGCACCGACGGAGUGCACUGGGGAUUACUGUGCACCAGGGCAGAAUCUAUGUCCUUGGAGGCUAUGAUGGCCACACGUUUCUGGACAGUGUGGAAUGCUAUGACCCAGACACUGACACCUGGAGCGAGGUGACACGUAUGACAUCUGGCCGCAGUGGGGUGGGUGUUGCCGUCACCAUGGAACCCUGUCGGAAGCAAAUUGAUCAACAGAACUGUACCUGCUGAAGCACUUGGGUUACCUGAACACUGACAAGUAAGAAAAACAGUCCAUAUAGACCACCGCUGUCUUUGUACAAAAAGAAAGGAAGAAAGGAAGGAAGGAAGGAAGGAAGGAAAAAGAAAGAGGAAAACCAAACAAACCCACAAACAGAACACAGGGACAGGAGGCAGCAGAAGAAAGCAUCCCUCUCCAGGAAGGGCGGCUGGGAUGCUGUGGAAAUGACAUUGUGGAAGACCAGAACUAAAUCCAUAUGCCCGUUUGUCACAGCCCCUGGAGCAUCCAGGACGUCUGCCUGCGGUGUGGUAUGGAAGGGGCACCCUCACAAGUGAGAGGCCCCUAUACUCUCUGGCUGGGGAUGAGGCCGCCAGCACUCAGAUUCCUUUGGGGGGGAACAGGAAAAACAGGGGUCAUACGUGUUUUCUUUGGUCCCUACAACUUGGUGAUCAAAUCUACGGGACAAGGGGAAGAAGGGGCCAGGUGAGGCCAAGAGGCUGAGGCUUCUCAGAAGCUGCCAUCCCCAGGGACAAGCCUGCACAGAGAACACUGGGCCUCUACGCCCUGUGUUAAGAACCCUUUAACUUUCCCAUGGAAAUUAAAAACGGAUUUAGCAGUGUCUUGUACAUAGGUCCUCAGAGGGCGGUUGGAAUCCCUCAGGGAGAGACAGUUCUUCUAUUGAAAUACACUCGGAUCUUGAUCGGGGCUGGCAUUUGAAACCUGUCUGUUUUCUCCGCGUACCAUUGUGCACUCUGCUCAUAUGGGGCAUCUUGCACCCUCGUGGGCCACACAGCCGUCUGUCAGUUUUAGGUGCAUUAGAAGCCAAUGACCUAACUUUGUGCCACUUCCCCUGGGGCCUCCUGUGUUUUACUUGACUUUGAGACAUGGUCUCGUGUAGCCCAGGAUGACCUUCAGUUCAGAUCCUGCACACCUGACCUUCCCUCCUCCUCAGCCUCCUGAGAGCUGGGAUUACAGUUGUAUACCAUCAAACCUGGUUCCUGCUUGUCCUUUUUGUACCCAAGCAGCAAAAUAAAGAUUUCUGGGACCUCGA